AAUCACAACAAAUCACACCUCUCUGGUAUCCACAUCUUCAGCUCCAUAGUCAAACCCCCAAAUUCCAAACAUAAUUCUUCAUUUUCCCACAUUGCAUUGGGAUUUUCUCUCAUAUCCCAAACCUGGGUCUCCUCCAUUGAUCUUGAUUUGAAACAUGGGUUGCUGUGGCAGCAAGCCUAAACCCACUUCAAACGCCAAUGGGUAUUAUGCAUCAUCCUCCACACCCAUCUCUCAUCACCCCCCACAACACCACCAACACCAACACCAACAACAACAGCCCUUGUCUGUUCCAACACAACAACCUCAGAAAGUGUCAGCUCCCCCAACCCGACCAAAACCCGAACCCGAACCCCAAUUCCAACCAAAGCCACAACGACCAAAGCCAGCAGUGCCACCAGACAGCAUACUUGAGAAGCCCUUUGAAGACAUUAAGCGAUACUACACUUUGGGUAAGGAACUCGGAAGAGGCCAGUUCGGGAUCACGUACCUGUGCACAGAGAACUCCACAGGCGACAGCUACGCCUGCAAGUCAAUCCUGAAGCGCAAGCUUGUCAGAAAGAGUGACAGGGAUGACGUCAAGAGGGAGAUACAGAUAAUGCAGCACAUGUCGGGGCAGCCCAACGUUGUGGAGAUCAAGGGUGCUUAUGAGGACAGGUACUCUGUGCACUUGGUCAUGGAGCUCUGCGCCGGCGGCGAGCUUUUCGAUAGGAUCAUUGCCCAGGGAGUGUACUCCGAGAGAGCUGCGGCGGCAAUUGUGAGGGACAUUGUGAAUGUUGUGCAUAGUUGUCACUUUAUGGCUGUGAUGCACCGGGAUCUCAAGCCGGAGAAUUUCUUGCUGUCUAGUCAGGGGGAAGGGGCAGUGUUGAAGGUUACCGAUUUCGGGUUGUCUGUUUUCAUUGAGGAAGGGAAGGUGUACCGGGAUAUAGUAGGCAGUGCUUACUAUGUUGCUCCUGAAGUGUUGCGGCGUAGUUAUGGAAAGGAGAUAGAUAUCUGGAGUGCUGGAGUAAUUCUGUACAUUCUACUUAGUGGAGUACCUCCAUUUUGGGCUGAGACUGAGAGGGGCAUAUUUGAUGCCAUAUUGGAAGGUGUAGUGGACUUUGAAAGCCAACCAUGGCCAUCAAUAUCAGACGGUGCCAAAGACCUUGUUAGAAAGAUGCUGACACAGGACCCAAAAAAGAGAAUUACUUCACUGAAAGUUCUUGAGCAUCCAUGGCUCAGAGAAGGUGGAGAAGCAUCAGACAAGCCAAUAGAUAGUGCAGUUCUCUCUAGAAUGAAGCAACUGAGAGCAAUGAAUAAGCUUAAGAAGCUUGCCUUAAAGGUAAUAGCGGAAAAUCUAUCUGAAGAAGAAAUUAAAGGUCUUAAAGCAAUGUUCACCAAUAUGGACACCGAUAAAAGUGGUACAAUAACCUAUGAAGAACUGAAGACAGGAUUAGCUCGUAUUGGGUCACGGCUAUCAGAAACGGAAGUCAGGCAACUUAUGGAUGCUGCUGAUGUUGAUGGAAAUGGAUCGAUUGACUACAUUGAAUUUAUAUCUGCUACUAUGCACAGACAAAGACUAGAGAGAGAUGAACACCUGUACAAAGCAUUUCAGUAUUUUGACAAGGAUAGCAGCGGAUAUAUAACAAGAGAUGAAUUAGAGGCUGCUAUGAAGGAGCAUGGAAUGGGUGAUGAUAACACCAUCAAAGAAAUAAUUUCUGAAGUUGACGCAGAUAAUGACGGGAGGAUCAACUACACCGAAUUCUGCACAAUGAUGAGAAGUGGAAAUCAACCCACAAGGGCCUCUUGAUUACGCUCAUGGGUGUAAUUCAGAAUUUAAUAGCAGUAAGUGAACUAUGAGCUUCUUUAGCUGCCUUUACUGUGUUGGGAGAUAUCAGAGCAUGAUUACAUACUGGGUAGUAUAUAUGAUGUAGACUAGACUCUACAUUCCCUACUAUACUAGACCAUUGGGAAUCUUAGAUCCAGAAAUAGUGCAGUUUGAGAAUAUGAAGCAUAGUUUGGAACUUUUGAUUAUCUUGUGUUGCGUUUGUUACAGUCUCUGCAUUUUUCUUUUCUUUUUUUAAUUUUCAGUUCAACCUUGUUUUGAAAGUUGCCUGAAUAUGUACAACGACAUUUUUUUUCAAUGAGAAAAUUAGAUGUCCAAUGCAAUAAUACCUAGAAAAUGUUACAGAACUUCCUUAUUUCACAUGCUCAAUUGAAACCGGGAGUUAUUUUGCAUACAUCUGUAAAUGUUUCUUUUGCUAAUAGCCUACCAGGCUAGGGGUGAAAUGAUUCGACACUAGUACAUAUAGCUAUGGAUAACCACUCGGAUCUCUAUAAGAGUCACUUGAUCUGGACAAACUUCCUGGAUCUAUCACUACAGUUCACAUGUUUCCUCAGUACAAUUCUGAUAUUGAGAGGACAAAUUUUGUUCGCUCCAAGGUUAUUGUAAGCAUUGGGUGAGACUAGGCUCUCUUCAUAUCCCACGCUACUAAGAAUGUUAACAUCUCUUGCAAAAUGCACAAGUGAAUUCUUACUUGCAUUGUAGGAAACCGGAUUCCCAUUUGCAUACAAUAGAAUUUUCCCUUUUUCGAUAGACCA